GUUGAAUGUUGAUCGCAGGUGGUAGAAGAGACAAGAGAUCACAACUCAGUUCUGUUUGUCUUUUAAAUUAUAGAAUUCUAAUUUUAAAAAACUAAUUCUAUUCUCACGUCGUUUUUAAAAAUUGCGAUAAUCCUAUAUUAGUCUUAAUUCCAAUAAUUUGCUAGCUUAAUUUUCAUCCUUGUGUGAUUUUAUGAUGGUUAUGUCGGAUGUUGUGUUGAGAUCUUAUGACUUGGAUGUGGCAAUAUUGUGAGAUAAACUCAAUGCCUGGGUGGGUAAGCAGCAUAGCAUGGGUUGGACUAACAGCUGGUCUAUUUGCUUCUUCCUUCGGUCUGAUAGCAUGCGUCUCUUCUAUCGUUUCAAUAGUACUCUGUGUUCUUGGUGGCAUAACUCUAGUUUACUUGAAGCAUGGGAGAGCAAUACUCGACUACUUAUCAAAGGCAGAUGACACAUGUGAAUUGCAGCCUCCUGGACUUUACAAGGUUUUGGAAGUGCUGCAAGAAGGGGCCAAGAAAAGGAAAACCGAUAAUCGUCUGACUGGAUCUCAAGUUAUAGAUGAGCAGUUGCAUGAAAUUCUGGAAUUUACCAUAAGGGAUUAUGUAUAUCCAUGGUAUGAUGUGGUCAGUGCUGAUGAUGAUCUUCCUCAUGAAAUACGAGUGGCCGCUCAUAAAUUGAUUGUUACAUUUGCAUCCAGAAUGAAAGAGGUGGACUGGAUCCCCUACUUAACGACACGACUGGUAGAUGACGCGGCCUCACACCUGCGGCUGUACCGGCAGGCGAGGGCGCGCAUGAAGCAGGGAGGGGGUGGGGGGGCCAACGAGCAUCGACGCCAGGCCAGCGGCGACCAUCGUUGGGCCAACAGCUCCAACGGCGCCUCCAAGUCCGCCGAGCCCCCCGACUUGCAAUCUGCAUUCUUCGAUCUCGAACUAACCAUGGAGGAGAAUCUCAUCUGCAGAGAUCACGUGUGUUUCGAUAGUGAAAAUGAAAUAAAUUUUGUCCGGGAAAUUUGUGAAGUAGUAUUAUUUCUGAUGUUGCCAGAAGAAAAUUUUCAUUGUAAAUCAUUGCGCUAUCUUGUGAGAGAGCUGCUAGUCAAUUCUAUUAUAAUGCCUCUCAUUGAAAUGUUCUCAGAUCCUGAUUAUAUUAAUCAAAUUAUAAUUUGGCUGUGCCGAGACAUUCCAAUUACCAGUGAGGUAUUUUUAACUGCUCUUAGAUUAAAUGAUAAUUUAGAUGAACUACAUGCAACAAAAGAGUUGCUUAGUAAAGAAGUUGCCACGCUGCGAUCAAGAGACUCGGGUGGAGAUGAUGACACGUGGGUUAAGCAACAACUGGGCAGUCUAGUCUUUGUUGGUCGUGUGAUCGACUCUCAAAUAAGUCGACUCCAAGAAGGCCUGGACAACGAUUCAGCUGGUUUACCAUCUCAUAUAGAUUAUUCAAAACUGUUGAUGCCUGGAGUGAAGCUGUUCAGUUUGCCACUGGAUGUCUUAUUGAAAAACAAUGUUGCAUUGUCUUUUUUCAUUGACUACAUGACUUCGAUUGGGGCGCAAGCUUAUCUUUUCUUCUACCUCAAUGUUGAAGGAUGGCGAGUAUCUGCCGAGCAGCAGUUAUCAGAUCUAGCGCUGCAGAAAAUAAAAGCUGAAGAUUCGGUGGAGAGAGGAGUGGACGCUUCUGCUGUAGAUGAUGUAAAUAACGAUGAACAAACUUUGGAAAGGAUGCGUGAGGCAGCGUAUAGUAUAUUUGAACAGUAUUUAUCAGAUAAGGCUUCACCAAGACUGAGAAUAGAUGAAUUAAUAGUUAAGAAGUUGUUGCUGAGGAUAAGAACAGAAACUCCUCAUGAAACGUGGUUUGAUGAUGUACAGGCAGCUGUUUAUGAGAAACUUCAGACUGAAGAGAGGUUUCUGAGUAGCUUUCGGAAAAAUGUAUUAUAUGUGAAACUGCUUGCUGAGUUGGAGCUAUUGAAGGAUCAUGAAUCUGGAUGUAAAAGCGAUGAGGAGGACACUGGAUCGUUGGAAGAAAAUAGUUUGGGCUCAGAAACUGCUAGUCUUUCAUCUCUCACACUUGAACCCACAAAAGAUGGCCAGCAGACAGCAGAGAUGCUGUCGAUCCCUCCCACCGCGGCCGGCAACCUGAGUCACCCACCGAGCCCCAGCCAUUCGCCCGCCGAAAACAAGCAGGGACCUUUCAUACUCCUAGCUGAAAUCAUUGAAACAGGUGUUGUUAAUGAAAAAGGUAAAACCUUUGGAAUCUAUGCACUGGCAGUUACCAAAAGAUAUGACUCAGGAUUCAAAGAAUCCUGGCAUAUUUAUAGGAGAUAUUCUGAUUUUUACGAACUCCAUCAGAAAAUACGAGAAAAAUUUACAGAUCUAUCAAAGUUGGCGUUCCCGGGAAAGAAAACAUUCCAGAAUAUGGAGCGGAAAGUUCUGGAAAGAAGGAUGCGUAUGCUGAACGAUUAUCUGCAAGCGCUUCUUCAGACCACUGUUCUAGCAUCCCAUCCCAGUCUCAGAGGAAUGCUCCUUUCAUUCUUCGAACCAGGAGAAUACGACAAGGGUGUGACUGGUGGACAGAUCACCAAGGCUUUUGACAGCCUUUUGAAUCCGCUGCGGGUGGUGAGCCAGGGAGUGAAGGCGGUGAAGACGAUGCCCGACAACCUGCUGUCGACAGUGGAUGGCAUGAUGGACGGAAUCAGCAAAGUGCUGCAGUACAGCGGCGUCAACCGGCUCUCCCGCGAAGACUCCUCCGACUGCGAAGCCAUCAAAGUGGGCGCGUCUAUUGAUGUAGAGACUGAUGAUAACAUUCCAUUGAGAAUUAUGCUUCUACUGAUGACAGAAGUUUUCGAAUUGAAGUCUCGAAACCAAUGGCUGAGGAGGAGGAUCGUUACCCUGUUGAGACAGAUCAUUCGCACCAUGUUCGGAGACAUUGUCAAUCGCCGUAUUCUAGAUUACGUAUUUCUAAUGACGUCUCCUCAUCAGGUUGCAGACUAUCUUAGAUCUUUCAAACAUUCAUAUUGGCCUCACGGAAUGAAACCUGAGCCGCGGUUGCCACGUGAUGAUGGCGUACAAGCUCGAACAAGAGUGGCAGCUAAGGUCGCACUUCUGUCAAGCUUGUCAGAUGAAAUAAAGCACAUACUGGGAAGUGAAACGUCUCGCAGAGGUUUACUGUCAGUGUUCUCCCUCCUCCAAAAUCGAGUUCUGAACAGGAGACUUGUGUUCGUACUUUUCGAGGGUAUUCUUGUCACAAUGUUCUCGCAAGACCAUCCACUGGACAGCAUUUUUCGCCGCUUACAUUCCAAGUCACCCCGUGUAUCGAAAUCCCUCCUCCAACCACACCGACGGUAAUAUUUAUCUCAAUCUGAAUAGUUUAGAGAAUCUCAAUCUGCCAAAUUGUAUCAUAUUUAUCAUUAUUUACUGCAAAAAUAGUUGUAAAUUGUAUCAUAAAUAAUUGUAAUUACGCGAAACUCAAUAAUCAUGUAUGUAUGUAAAGCAUGUAACCAUGUAAAAAUAUCAAGAUUGUAUCAUAAAUAUCAAGAUAUAUCUUAAUUGAACGAGUCUAAUGUAGGAAAAGUGUGACCUAAAGAAGUAUUUGUAUUACUUCAAAUUAUAGUAAUAUAAUCGGUUCAUGAAAAUUUGUUGCUAUUUGCUGUAUCUUAUAACACAUUUUAACAUUAUUACAUUUGUUGGAUGAAAUAUAAAUGUACUUUGCGUGUGGUUGAUAUUAUGAACCAAUUUCAAUACAUUUCGAUUACACAGUAUACUAAGUACUGCAUUAUUUUGAGAAAAUAAUUCCUAGUCAUAAAUCAUUGAAAAAUAAAUACCUUAACAACGAACAAGGCUCCAAUAGUAAUAAAUAAUCUGGCGAUUCA